AUGGAAGGAUUCAACUUUACCAACGCCUCACAGGACAACAUCUCUGACCAUGACAAUAUCUAUUUCAUCCUCCCUGGCAUGAAAGUGAUGACAUGCAUUAUCAUUUCCAUCGGCUUUUCUUUGAUCCCUGUGGCCAUCUAUGCUGUUUGUUCUCUGGUGAGAAAGAAUCAUGUUGCUCCAAUCUACGUCAUCAACCUUCUAAUUUCUGACCUCAUUCAGCUCUGCUGCCUGAUCAUAUGGGUGGCAGAAGAGGGGGGAUCGAUCAUAUAUGAAAUUGGAUCUUCUCUCUAUGAUGUAGGUCUGAUGGCCAGUGUUGGCUUCAUGGUGUGUGUAGCACUGGAAAGGUAUUUGGUCAUUGCCCGUCCACUGUGGUACAGCUUCAAACGAGCCAUCAAGACCCCUGUGUUGAGCUCUGUCUGCCAGUCGUGUCCCCUCUGAUGAAAAACGAAGAAUUGUGGGGAUUUUGGUCCUGGUGCUGCUCAUUUACACGCUGCUGUUCAUGCCCACUGUAAUUUGGCAAUUGGGAGUCGAUAACAACAUUAGCACCAACCUUUCUUUUGUAUUUGUACAGUUGAGUCCCCUUGC